AUGUAUGUGAAAUGGUUUGAUACAGUAAUGUUUUACUAUGUGAUUUUAGUGUAUUUAGUGAAUAUCACGUUUUGUCAUUUUCCAAUUUUCCGUCGUUCCAUCCUCCGUACGUCCCGGCGCUCGCAGGGGACGGAACCCAGAUGACAGAUGCCGGCAUCCGCCGGAGUACAUUACAGGGGACACUGCAGGAGGGACAUCGCGGGAGCGCAGGACAAGGUAAGUGAAGAACAGAUGCCGGAGCAGCGCUGCAUGGUAAGCCCCGCGUGUAGCUCGGGGUUACCGCUUUUGCUACACUCGGGAAUACCGUCAGGGAGGUUA